GGAGGAAGAGGAGGAGGAGUGGAGCUUGCCAGUGUGUGGCAGCAGUGACUAGGGAAUCAGGUUUCUCACAAGCAGCAGUAAGACUGAAGCGAGAGAGAGAGAGAGAGAGAGGGGAGGAGAGAGGCAGAGCCUGAUUAUCCUCUGGACACUCCCGGUCUUUUAAUGUCCUCAGUUGAGCUAACAGUCCCUGGACUUUCCUUCAUCUGAAUCUCAGUGUACAGGACAUCCAGGAUCUUACCUCCCAGCAUAUGAGGCCCAUACGGGGAGAGCUGUUCUUGUGAAGUGCAACCUCACCAUCUCUGGAGGAUCUGACUCACAAGAAGUGUAGUCUCCACUUUUUGCAGCACAUUGUCUUUGGCAUGACUCAAGGAUAGCAAUGGAUUCUGAAAGCUCCCGUCUAAGAGACGACCCAGAUGUCAAAGUGAUGAUGGCUGGGUCGACUCUGAGAAAAGUCAAGUCCCGUUCAUGGAAGAAGCCGCGGCAUUUCCGCCUCCUGGAGGACGGCCUGACCAUCUGGUACAAAUCCAGAUGGGCGGGGAAAGGCCACUCAACCUUCUCUGUGACGGAGUUGGAGGCUGUUCGAGAGGGUCACCAGUCAGAAGUCCUGCAGAGCACCGCGGAUGAGUUCCCCGCUGACCACUGCUUCACCUUGGUGUUCCACGGUCGCCAGGGCAACCUGGACCUCGUGGCAGAUUCCCCGUUGGAGGCGCGGGCGUGGAUUCAGGGUGUGCGCAAGUUAAUUCACAAGGCUCAAACCAUGGAUGAGAAGGAGAGGCUGGACCAAUGGGUGUGGGACUGGUUUCAAAAAGCGGACAAAAACAAAGACGGGAAGAUGAAUUUCAAAGAAGUGCGGAAGCUGCUGAAGAUGAUGAACAUAGACAUGAACGAGGAACAUGCUCUCCAUCUGUUUACGAUGGCCGACAGCUCGGGGAGCGGCUCUUUGGAAAUCGAGCAGUUCGUCCACUUCUACAAGCUCCUGACUCAGAGGGACGAAGUGUGGAAGGUGUUCCAGGAUUACUCUGGAGAUGGAGAGAAGUUACUGCUCGAGGAGCUGGAGAACUUCCUGAAGAUGGAGCAGCAGGAGGGGGGAUGGAGUACCCAGCAUGCCCUGGAGCUGAUCGAUCACUACGAACCCUCUGACUCAGCCAAAAAACAAGGCGCCAUGUCACUCGAUGGCUUCCAGAUGUACCUGUGCUCCCAGGAGGGCUCCAUAUUUAACCCGGAGCACCGAGGUCUUUACCAAGAUAUGAGCCAGCCGCUCAGCCACUACUUCAUCUCGUCCUCACACAACACCUACCUCCUUGAAGACCAGCUCCGAGGACAAAGCAGCCUGGAGGCCUACAUCCAGGCCCUGAAACGAGGCUGUCGCUGUGUCGAGGUGGACGCCUGGGACGGCAGCGACGGCGAGCCUGUCGUGUAUCACGGCCACACUUGGACGUCCAAGAUUCUCUUCAGAGACAUCAUUUCAACGCUCAAAGAAUAUGCCUUCAAGGCGUCUGACUUCCCCGUCAUCCUGUCCCUUGAGAAUCACUGUGGCGUCGAGCAGCAGAAAGUCAUGGCUCAGCACCUCAGCCAAAUCCUGGGUGACACAUUACUGAGCAACUUGCUGGAUGGACAGAUGCUACAGCAGCUUCCUUCUCCACAGGAACUGAGGGGGAAAAUAUUGCUGAAAGCCAAGAAGAUCGGCGGCGUAGAAGACUGUCUGGACGAGACACUGACGGACGAAGUGAGUGACGAGGAGGAGAUGGCAAACGGUGACGCUGCGGAGGACCCACCCGCUGAUUCUAACAAGAAAUCUAAGUCCAAACUGUCGAGAGAGCUGUCAGACCUGGUGGUUUACUGCAAGAGCGUGCACUUCCACGGCUUUGAGCACGCUCGCUCUAACGGCAAAUGCUACGAGAUGUCGUCAUUCUCUGAAUCCAAGGCCAAGAGGCUGGCGAAGGAAACGGGGACGGAUUUUGUGCAGUACAACACCAGACAGUUGAGCAGGAUUUAUCCCAGUGGCCUCAGGACUGACUCCUCCAACUACAACCCACAGGACAUGUGGAAUGUGGGCUGCCAAAUAGUGGCUCUGAACUUCCAGACAGCCGGUCUGGAAAUGGAUCUGAACGACGGGCUGUUCAGGCAGAACGGCUGCUGCGGCUACGUCCUCAAGCCUGACUUCAUGAGAGACGGCAACACUCGGUUCACUCCCGAGAAACCCGAGGAGCGGCAGGGCUACAGACCACUGCGCCUGUCCAUACAGGUGAUUAGUGGGCAGCAGCUGCCAAAGGUGAAUCAGAAGGAGGGCUCUAUUGUUGACCCUCUGGUCAGAGUGGAGAUCUAUGGGUCGCCACAGGACCAGACUAAAGAUGAGACCAGUCACAUUAACAACAACGGUUUUAAUCCACUAUGGAACGAAACUCUAAAUUUUGUCGUCUACACGCCUGAGCUGGCCCUGGUCCGCUUUGUCGUGGAGGAUUACGACAAGGCUUCCAGGAACGACUUCAUCGGACAGUUCACUCUUCCAUUUAAAUGCAUCCAGACAGGAUAUCGUCACAUACAUCUGCUCUCCAGAGACGGGAGAGCGAUCCCUCCUGCCUCCCUCUUUGUCAAUAUCACCAUUUCGGGGCUCACAUGAAGGAGUCACACGUGUGGAUAUGAAAAGCCAGAGCUGUGGUGUCAAGUCCAGUGUCUCCACAGACACAACAUUCACAACAAUUUGAUUUUCAGCAUUAUUUAUUCAAAGAACCAUGUUGGGAUUUCUCUCGUGGGACAUUUUGUAAACUUACUGCAUCAUUUGAGAGCAUUUCCUUCCAAGGUCGAUUUUUAAAGGCAUAUUUCACCAUUGGAAAGAUGAAUGUCUAUUAAAACUGGGCCAUCUAUGUAGUAGAAAUGUGAAAUAAUAUUUGAAGCAGGUGCCGUCUUGGCCGAGAAAGGCAGAAACAUGUAAUUUUGGCUCAUGUAGAUGAACGACAACAACUCCCAGCAUGCACUGCGCUCUCAAGCCUCGAAGCAGACAUCGCUAGUUGUGUAAACGCACAAAUCCCUGUGAGGAAUUAAAUAUACAAUAAAUAAAAAUACAAAACAAAAUACUCGCCACCCGCGACUGGUGCUCGGCAGAAUUUUUUUUACCUCUGGAAAACAGAGAGGGAAGAAAAAUACUACUGCUAUUCUAGCAAUACAAAGCCACAUGCAAAUCGGUGAAAUACUCCUUUAAUCAGAAAACACUGGAACUCUCAGUAAACAACGAAACAUUCCAAAACGUUGAGUGUUAGUCUACAUUUAUUCCAGUUAUUGCUGCAUGUGUACAAUGUCUACAUAUACCCAUUUGCCUUUAAAUGAGCUGUACAUCCAGAGGUCAAGUUUUUAGGUUGUGAUAUUGCGCCGUAUCAGUAUUAAUUAAACCUAUUAUUAUUAUUAUUAUUAUUGUUAUGAAGUAAACAUCAUUUUUGGCAUCAUGUUGGUUAUGUUUGUGUUUGACUUCUUUUUUUCUGUGUAUUAAUGUACAAAAUCCAUAAGAUAUGCUGUGUAUAAUGUAAAUG